AUUCUUUCAACAUUAUUUGUUUGUUUUGUUGCUCACACACAAACCGAAUCAACGAAAUUUCAAUUACAAAAACAAAACAUCUGUUUUAAUUUACGGUUAUCAUUCAAAUACGAUUAGAAUUCCAUUUUUUAGAAUUAAACGUUCCAAUUUUAGUUAAUCUUUUCCAAUUUUUUUCGUUGUCUCAUAAUAGAAAUACGCCCAUUUCAUAAAUAUUUCGUGUUUUGGUGUUUCUUUGCUUGCUUGCUGGCUCCCGAAUAAAAUCAACCCGCCAAAUUGAUCUAGUUGUCAUCACAUUUAUCUUGGAAGAAAAGAUCAAAAAUUAAAGAAACAACAUCGUUAUCAUUAACAUUGUCAUUAACAAACAACAAAACAGCACAGAAUGUUUGCCAUAUUUCAACGUUUUCUUGAUUGGCUUCGUAGCCUAUUCUGGAAAGAAGAGCUUGAAUUAACACUAGUCGGCCUACAAUAUUCGGGCAAAACAACAUUUGUUAGUGUAAUUGCUUCUGGUCAAUUUUCCGAAGAUAUGAUACCAACAGUUGGAUUUAAUAUGAGAAAAGUUACCAAAGGAAAUGUUUCAAUUAAAAUCUGGGAUAUUGGUGGACAGCCAAGAUUUCGUUCAAUGUGGGAAAAAUAUUGUCGUGGUGUACAGGCAAUAAUUUAUAUGGUUGAUGCUGCCGAUCAUAGUAAAAUUGAAGCAUCGAAAACUGAAUUACAUGGAUUAUUAUCAAAACCACAAUUGGAAGGUAUUCCUGUUCUAGUACUUGGCAAUAAAAAAGAUUUACCUGGUGCAUUGGAUGAAAAACAAUUGAUUGAUGAAAUGGAUCUUGGAUCGAUUCCAGAUCGUGAAAUUUGUUGCUAUUCAAUAUCCUGUAAAGAUAAAACUAAUAUCGAUAUCACUUUACAAUGGUUGAUUAAUCAUUCAAAAUCAUCACGAUAAAUCGAAAUUUAUUUAUUCAUUGUUGUUACA